AUGGAGCAGCAGAAGAUGAAGAGAGCAAGACAAGGAGACGAUGAAACUCAGAAGGAAUGGUUUGAGCAUGACAACAACGCAAAGAGAAGAGACGUGUGUGGCAUGAAGUUGAUGAAGGACGUGGAAAAAGAGAAGGAGAAGGAGGGUUGGUCUUCAGAGGCACGUGAGUCGCAGUUGGCACUUGGCGUCUUUGAUUUCCCAUGGCUGAAAGAUGGUGUGACGUCUAAAUCAGAGGGGUACUUUUUGGAUUUUGAAGACAAUUUCUCAUCUUUGUUUGAACAAGAAGACGUAUCCUCCAAAGCUUCUAGUGUUGAUUUGUCCAAUGCGUAUGGCUUGUUUGAGACUCCCGAAGCCAAGUUGGAGGAUAUUGCAUGGCAGCCAUUUGAGAGUGAUAUGGUUGAGCAUGAAGUAGAGGAAGAUGUGGAUUGCAUUUGGAGCUCUCUCCUCAAACACCCUCUCUGA